GUAACUGGGACCCAUACCCCCCCUGCCAGCUCCCUGUAACUGGGACCCCCCCUGCCAGCUCCCUGUAACUGGGACCCACCCCCCCCUGCCAGCUCCCUGUAACUGGGACCCACACCCCCCCCUGCCAGCUCCCUGUAACUGGGACUGUCUCGGCCCCCCGCGCCAGACACAGGGGGGGGGGGGGCUGCGCUUUCCGCGCGCUCUGCGCCGAGGGCUUCUGUCCAGGGACCUUUGGGGACCGUUCCCGACGUCUUCUGCGUGGCCUGACAAGUCCGUGCCGCGUUGGCGGGGGCGCUGGGGAUGGCCGCGAGGCUUCGGAGGCUUCUGGCGACCGCGAUGGUGGCGGUCGCUUUUUCUGCUGUCGUGGCCACGGAGGAUGAAGCUUGUGGGGGCAAGCUGUCAGCCGCCACCCCGGGGUACAUCAUGUCCCCCGGAUACCCCAGGGACUACCCGCCACACUUGGUGUGCCGCUGGGAGCUGCAGGCCCCGGAGCGCGGCCAGCGCAUUUCAGUCACCUUCAACCCGCACUUUGAUGUGGAGAAGACUUCGGAAUGUCGGUUUGACUACGUGGAGGUCCGGGACGGGCGAGACCCCAACGCAGAAGUUCUGGGCAAGUUCUGCGGGAACAUCCCCCCCUCGGCGCUCGCCUCCUCGGGCCCGGUGCUCCACAUCCACUUCCAGUCGGAUUACUCCACCCAGGGCGCUGGCUUCUCACUGAGAUUCGAGAUACAGGCGACAGAUGAAUGCUCGCACACGUUCACAGCUCCUAAUGGCUCGUUGCAGUCUCCGGGCUUCCCUGAGCCCUACAAGCACAAUCUGGAGUGCACCUACAUCAUCAAGGCCUCCGUGCCUCGCUCUGAGAUCGUUCUGAAGUUCCACACAUUCCUGCUGGAGGGAGACCAGCCUGGCACGGCUGGGAUACCAGUGGAUGCCACGGAGUGUCGCUACGAUCGCCUGGAGAUCUGGGAUGGGCCCCCACGUGGGGGCCCCCUGCUGGGCCGGUUCUGUGGAGCAAUGUCUCCUGGCGAAGUGCGGGCCUUCUCGGGAAUCCUGUCUCUCUCCUUCUACACCGACGGAGGGAUCGCACUUGACGGGUUUUGGGCGACAUACCGGGUCAUCCCGCGGCGUAUCAUCGAGUCCGUGCAGUGUAACCAGCCGCUGGGCAUGGAGUCGGGCAAGGUGGAGGUCGACCGCAUCGUAGCCUCCUCGACGCACAGCAGCAGAAUGUGGCAGCCUUGGCAGGCUCGCCUGCACAACCCCAUCAAUGGGUGGACGCCCAGCAGAGAUGAUCCGCGGGAGUGGAUACAGGUGGAUCUGGGGUCAUUGAAGCUGUUGAGUGGCGUGGCUACACAGGGGGCCGUGUCGCAUGAAUCACAGAUUGGCUACUUUGUCAGCUCCUUUCGACUGGAGGUCAGCAGUUUGGGAGCUGACUGGACAGUGCUCAGAGGGAGCAGAGCCGUGAAGGCGUUUGCUGGGAAUGUGGAUGCUACGUCUGUGGUGGAGAACCGACUGGCAGAGCCUGUGCUGACCCGCUUCGUUAGAAUUCGUCCACAAACCUGGGAGGGAGGCAUCGCCCUGAGGUUCGAACUGUACGGCUGCAGCCUGGCAGACUUCCCCUGCUUAGAGACGCUGGGCGUGGGGCAGGGCCACGUGCCGGACAACGCUCUCUCGGCCUCGUCACAGUGGAGCCCCCCGUGGGGAGCCCACGCCGCUCGCCUGUUGGCCCCCCAACGAGGCUGGGCUCCGCACAUGGCUGGGCUAUUCUCAUUUGACGAGUGGCUGCAGGUGGACUUGGGCAGCCUGUUUACAGUGCGAGGGGUGAUUCUUCAGGGAGUGCGUGGGGAUCUGGUGAAUCGGAGUGGGAAUGAUGAUGCCAGUCAGGGCGCUCAGGACAAGCCGGAGGGCCCCCUGUUUGUGAAGAAAUUCCGCAUGGGAUUCAGCGAAGACGGAGACACCUGGCACAUGGUCACAGAUGACGAGUCUUCGCAGCCUAAAAUUUUUAAUGGUAGCAGCAAUGUCGAUCUGCCGGAGAUGCGCAAGUUCGAGCCCGUGGAGGCGCGGCUGGUGCGUGUGCACCCGGAGCGGUGGUCCCCGCACGGCAUCGGCUUGCGUCUCGAGCUGCUGGGCUGCCGGCCUCUUGACAAUGGUGAGGAUGAGGUGGACCCAGGUCAGCCAAAGAUAGAUGGCCCUCCUGGACUGGAGCCUCCCUACAGCCUUGACAACGACCCAGGUACGUUUGAUGCUGUGGAGACAAUUUCAAAUUAUACAGAGUUCCACAUCCCAGCAAGGAGUCAAGACGACAGGGAGGAUGGUGAUGGGGUCAUCCUGGAAGGGUGGGGACCUGGCUCAGGGGUCCCCGGAUUCAACUGCGAGUUUCAUCUGGGCGCGGAUGGAGGGAUGUGCAGCUGGAUUCAAGAUGACCAGGCUGACCUUCACUGGCUGCUUGGAGAUGCAGAAGUCGAGGGGGAGGAGGAGGAAGAGGACAUCCACCAUGACAAUAGAGAUGGAUGCGUGUGGAUCAACACCCUGGGAAGGGCUGCGGGUGAGCGAGCACGCCUGCUCAGUGUGCCGCUGCCCUCUCACGCGCAGCCUCGCUGCCUCGCCUUCCGCUACCGCCUGCACGGAGACACGCUGGCCGCCAGCGCCGGAGUGGACUCGCUGCGAGUGCUGACGCGCACGCAGACUCCCAUGGGCAUGCGGGAGCAGCUGGUGUGGAGCCUGACCGGUGUCCAGGGGCGGGAAUGGAGAUUGGCACAUGCCGUCUUGCCAGUCAACUACGGCCCUUACCAGGUGAUUCUGGAGGGGGAGGUGGGGGAGCAUCCGUCGGGCAGCGUGGCGGUGGACGACAUCCGAAUCGCGUUCGAGAUACCGAUUGAGGACUGCCAAAAGCCACACACAUCCAUCGUGGAGACUGACACUACUUCAGGUGACCAGAUGCAAACUGAGGGAACGGUACUCCCAGAACUCAGCCUGAACCGAGCCUUGGAUCCCAUCCUGAUCUCGGUGAUCGUCGUCAGCACGAUGGGCGUGCUCCUGGGCGCCGUGUGCAUCGGCCUGCUGCUGUGGUGCGCCCCGGCACGCAGGGCGGCCUCCAUCGGCGCGGUCGGGGCGAGGGGCUACAGAGGGGCGCCCGCCGCCACCCUCGAUGCAUACGCCUUUGAGCUGUGCAAUGGAGCCAAGUUUGAAGACAAGUCUAACGGACAGCACAAGUUGUCUUCUGAGGCGUGAUGCAUUCGAUACAUCAGCUUCAGAGGUCCUCUCUUUACAUUUUCAAUUGGAACUCGAAUCUAAAGCCAAACCUGAUUCAUAUUAUUAAAGAAGAUUUGGCAAGAAACUUGCAAAGUACGAAGUUUUACUGUUAUGUAGCAAAGGCCAACUCGAUGCUUGUUGACCGAAUCUAGUCAUCUUGUCAAGUGUGAUUAUGCUUCUGCCAUAUGCAAUUAAAAAAGACAAUGUCUUGACAGACUGUCAUAUUUUGGCAUCUAGGGAAUCCAAACUGUUAACCUGUGCAACUGGAAACAGAUUGUGUCAGCGGUGAAAGAGCGAAUUUCCAUCUCCAAAUCAGACAUCGUAGAUACUGGGCCACGAAGACAGAGGCUGACACAGUGGUAACUGCCGCGUCGUCGCAAGCAAUGACACGUGGCCCUAUGUGCAUGAAAGUCGUGAAUGACCACAAAUAUUUUUCUCUGUACAUUUUUACGUGCCAUGCUUUUUGUUUGCAUACGUGAACUUUGCGAAUGCAACUGUAUAUAUUUAAAGUGAAAAUUGGCAUGUAAUCCAUUGUUAUUUAUAAUUUCUGUGUAAUUUGUCAAAAUAAAGUUUUAUAGAAGCAGCAUAUUAGGUCAUUUUGACGAUGUAUGAAGGAUCCUGUUGCACGAUAUAACUGUCGUCAUUCACGCAUUACCUUGUAAAAUAUAAAUUUGAGAGUAAAACCUCACAAAUCUGGACUCGGGAUAGCCAGAAUUUGAAGGCAAUAUAAUUAAAAGAUGAAAUGGCAUUUGUGCACUAAUUGUGCUGAUUCAGAGGAGGAAGUGUACGAUGCUCACCCCGACCAAUGUGAUGCAGUCAAUACAGCCGUAGCGCAUCAGUAUGUAUGUUGAACUACUUUCACGCCGUACAUAGACAACCGUGCUAAACGGAUGUGCGAGGGAAGGACAACAAACUAACCACAAAAAUUAGUCCUAACAGUUCAGUGUACCAUUGAUCAACGCUGUGCAUCCACAUGCUUAGCUAGGGCUCCCUUGCGCUAAUUUUCGUUUUCAUUUUUAGUUUGCAUUUAUUUGGCCAAAAAAUGUUUCAAGUCUGUGAAAUGCGGCCUGUUUCAUGGCUUUAAGAAUCGGCCUUCCACCUCUGCUUCAUGGUGACUGAUUAAACUGGACAGUAAAUGUAGUGAUUUUGUAUAUCACAUAACUAGUAAGCACUAGUUAUGUGAUAUUUUGCACGUCAGUUAUGUGUAAACAUAAUGAAACUUUAACAAUGAUGUAUUAUUUGCAGGUUGCCAGACAUCUCCUAUAAUCGGGAAAUAUGACCCCCCCCCGAAAGGAGUCCAGCUUUGUGAUCCACUACCAUGGUCACAAGAUGUGAUUUUUCUCAAUGUAGAUGCUAAAUUCAUAUUUGUAAUUGAUUACAAGCUCAUGAUAGAUUGCCAAGAAAAUGAAAUAUGAAUUUGCUACCACAUAUUUACAUAAAGUAGGUAUACUAUACAGAGGUUGAAAUGGGCUGGAACGCCAAGGUGUGAGUGAAAUUUUGAACCACACUGCAUUCCGCAAGGAAUCUUUAUUACCUGUAGCACGUGAUGUGGGGCACGGCGUGCCGACGUCACUCACUUCUGACUGUGAUGUCAUACACAGCACCAGCCAUGUGAGUUUCCCACCCAUGGCUCCAAGCCAUACUCUUUGGUUCUUUCGGUAAAGUCACGUAGGUAAAAAAUAAAUGUUAUUUAGAAUAUAUAUUUUACCUAUGUGACUUUACCGAAAGAACCAAAGAGUAUGGAUCCUUGCAGUCACGAAAACUUCAAAUCUAGAAUGGCUCCAAGCCAAUCAGUGCCCGGGACUAAAGGCCACUUGGCCAUGUGGAGUAGGCGGCGCUUCUAAGCUGCAGCCCGUCAAGAAAGAUAAACAGCUAUACAACAAUACAUAGGAUAGUAUAAAUAUCGUAAUUUGUAUAAAGUUUUUGUGUACAUAUUGUAAGUUUUAGAAACUGUGCAAUGCCAUAAGUAAUCUUAAAUUAGUUAUGUAUAAUGUAAUGUGUAAGUUAUGAGAUAGAAUAACCAGGUUGAUGUAUAACAUAGUAUUAAGAGGUGUAAAGAUUUAGUGAAAAACCGCUAAUACAAUUGAACAAAGUUGUGCAGCAAUGUUAUAGUUUAGAAUUGAGGCCAAACACAUGGAGAGUUGCGAUAAAAAUGUAUGUCAACAGAUGACCAAUUGUAAAUUACAGAGUGCAUUAGCAAUGGCCAUUAAACAACGUAACACAAAACAUGCUAAAAGUAAGAAUUGUAGAUACGAGGGUUCUUUAUCAGAUUAAUGAGGGUUCUGUAUUGGUUCUUUAUGGGUAAUGGCCUCAUUGAAAGUCUGUAUAAGCCCUGUAAUAUAGAACUGUAUCUGGAGGGUCCUCUCAAACGCGGGUAUAACAUUUUUGCAUUGCUCUGCUCACCUUUGAUGAGUUCGAAUAAUUUUCUCCCCAUUUCCAGCCCUGACACUAUACAAAAGUGUAACUGUACACAGAUGUGUUUGUGUGGUUGGCCAAGUUUCUGUCAUAUUGUAUGCAUAUUUUAAAUUAGUCUCUAAUGUAAUGCAAAAUAACUGCUCUUUAAUGCUUUAACAAGUCCUUGCCAUGAGUGUGAUAUGUUUGCCUUAAGAAAUACCAUUUUGCAUCCCUCUCGUUUCCCACACUGAAUUACAGUAUGUUUAUUGAUGAAGUUAACAGCGGUACAAUGAUGUUUUAAUAAACAG